CUUACCUUGUUGAUUCAGUUGGUAUACCGAUAAAACUCGCAGAAUCAGUCUUGAAGGAAGUCAGCUUAAAGGACGAGUGCAAUCCCAAUUCUGUUCUGAAUCUUCUUAGAAGUUAUGAUUUUACAGAUUCUCAGAUCUCACGCAUCAUUAGGACUGAUCCAAGAUUGCUUAUGGAAAAUGCUGAGCGUUCUCUUGGUCCCAAGCUUAAGUUUUUGAAGUCCAGAGAAAUUUUAAGCUCUAGGCUCAAUGACAUUGUUACUAGAGUUCCGAAUAUCUUGAGGAUGAAAGAGGAAAAAGAUAUGAUCACAUACUAUGAUUUUGUCAAAGACUCAAAGCCAUUAUAUCAGUGGGUUCGUGAUAGGAGACCAGAGGAGGAAGGUGCGGGUGAUGAGAUGGCAAGUGAGGUUGCAACAAGGAGAUCAGUCCACGUCAGCCGAAUCGCAAGUACCUGAACUGACGACUUCUUUCUUUUGUUUUAUUUGCAACAAUAAUUGAGAAAUAGUCAUCCUCAUUUUGAGGAAAGCAUUUCUCCAUCUUUUCACUUCUUGUUUUGUAGGAGCAAUGACUCCACUUUCUGUUUCUUGUUAUUAGCUUCAUUGUAAUCUUUCAUCUAUUUAAGAAAUUAGAAAACAACAA